AUGGAGGCAUCGAAGGGUUCCGCUCGUCAAGAGAGACCGGUGCUGCGGCACAGCUCUCUGACCGGCGGAUCGUUCAUUCAAGAUCACCAACAGUACAAACCCGCGACUCCUAUAUCGCAGAAUAUCAGUGAUGUUCGCCGAACCACCGGCGAUUCUCCCUCGCCGCGCAUGUUCAACAUCAACCCAAUCAGUCCGGACCCCUCAAAAGUGACGGAAAGUGGGAUUGUGCACAGCAUCUUCCCGAAAUCUCCCAAUCCCCUCCCCGCAGGCACCCCCAAGCUCGUCGCAACUAUUUUCUACAAGUCCGCCCAGCCCGUUCACCCAAACCUGCAUCCGGAUUCUUCAGCCGCUUCUCGAUCGGGUGACAGACUGCCCUCACCGUCGGUUCCCGUCGGGUCUGCGCCCACGGUAGAUAUCGAGAAGCUCCCACGGGAACCUCCGGCACCGGAACCAGAACCAUUAGACCAUCUAUAUGGACCGUUUGUGUCGCAAUUGUGCCUGACGAGCUUUUUGCAAAUCCUCGAGGGUCUCCAUACCCCGUAUCAGCGGAUAAAUUCGUCCCAUCGCUGUCUGGAUCAGGAGGAGCAGCCGCGAGUCGUCGAAGUGACGGUUUCUCCAUUGCCCAAUCCAGAGUACCUGUCUUUUGAGGAUCUCCGCAAACAUGAGAAUAUCUGGCGAUUCGAGCGGGAGUGGAACGUCGAGGUGGUGCUACAGAAGGAGAGUGUCUUCCGGCGAUAUAAGCGCCUAGCAGUCUUCGAUAUGGACAGCACAUUGAUACAAAACGAGGUUAUUGAUGAAAUCGCCAAGUUUGUGGGUGUCGAGAAGGAAGUCGCGGCCAUCACGGCUCGGGCGAUGAACGGCGAACUGGACUUCUCUGCGUCGCUAAAGGCUCGAGUCAGCCUUCUGAAAGGCGUCCCCGCCGAUGUUUUCGAGAAACUCAAGUCUAUUAUCACAAUUUCCCCUGGAGCACGAGAACUAUGCCGAGGAUUGAAAGCGCUCGGGUGCAAGCUGGCCGUGCUGAGUGGAGGGUUCCAACCUCUGGCCGAAUGGCUAGCCGGCGAGCUCGGCCUAGACUAUGCAUUUGCAAAUCAUCUCGAGAUCGACCCUGAGACGCAGACUCUGACCGGGAACCUGGUGCCGUCCUAUCCCAUCAUCGACGCCGCUCAGAAGCGCUCCCUGCUGCGCACUCUCGCAGCGGAGAAUUCGAUCCCAAUCAAGCAGACUCUGGCUGUCGGAGACGGCGCCAACGAUCUGCUCAUGUUGCACGAGGCCGGGCUUGGGGUUGCCUGGCGGGGGAAGACCAAGGUGCAAUUGGAGGCCCCAACGCGUCUGAACGGGGAGAAUUUGACCGAUAUACUAUACCUUCUGGGGCUGAGUGAGGAAGAAAUCAAGGAGUUGGUCGCAACUGAGAAAUGA